GCUGGAGCGCGAAGCGCGGGCCCUGGGCGCACCGGGGGUGGACCGCUCUCGACCCUUCUGCUGGGAAGGGCGCGGUCUGCGGGCGGGCCUCUGGCCGAGGACCGCUGGGGUGCAGCUGCGGGAGGCCGCGCUGGGUCCGCCUGGGGAAGGCACGGAGGCCUCCUGGAGGACACGUGCAGAUGAGGGUGGGAGGGUGUCCGGCACCUCGCGGUGUGAGUGCGCGAUCCAGGGCCGGGAACUUGUGCCCAGCCCGGCAGGCCUCGGUGAGACGCUCAGGGGUGUGUGGCUCGGGGAGCUGAGGGUGGUGUGGAUGAACAAGCCAAGGAGGCAGAGGUUCGGCGAUGAGGAGCCACAAUGCUGUGAUGACCGACUUUAGGAGUCAUCUAAAGUUUGGGGCCCGAGAGUGGCAGCCAGAGCCCCAUACCUGUGGCCCUGGGCCUGCCAGCACCUAGGGCUGGGCCGGGGCUGGGCCAGGGCUGCGGAGUCACAGAAUUAAAACGAACUUUGGCUCCCCCUGUGUGCCAGGUCUACGCUGACCUCGCCACACCUCCGAGCCCCCCAGCUGUGAGAAAUAAGUUGUCACCCCCAGUAGACAGUUAAGAAAACUGAUGCUCCAGAACAGGAAGUGAGUCUCUCCCAAGGUGUGUCAGACUUUAGAACUGACCGCUUGCUUUCAGCCACUGCCUCGGGGAGAAGAGGAGCCCCAUGAGUUUGUGUGGCUUUAUGUUUCCUCAUUCGAUUGGAGCCUGGCUCACCUUCAUUUUACAGAUUAAAGGAAACAGGGUGAGAGGUGGAAAAGGAAUGUGAGGAAAAAUGAAAAGGUCUUAAGUGCGUCUCCAAUCGCUCCCUUUCUGCGGGCAGAGCUGCAUCCUGCUCGCCAGCUGCUCUAGCCUGGACCGCCAAAGGGUCUCCCGACAGGUCCCAGCUGAGGGGUGGGCCCUAGUUUUGGGUGGUUUGCCCAGGUGCCGAAGCCAGAACACGUUCACGGGCCAGCCGCCUUCUCUUUUGCUGGAACCAGCCUCCUCUUCAGGGGGCUGCCUCCUGGGGCCGAGACAGAGGAAGCAGUGCAGGUGAUCAGGUGGGGACUCCAGAGCCAGGAAGGGGGUGUCCCCUGGGUCUGGCUGCUGGACAGACCCCUCUCACUCAGCCAGUUUAUCUGUAAAAUCUGGGUGGGCCAGGUGCCUCCUUUCUCAGAACACAGGUAGUUGCUAUGAAAAAGAUACACUGUCAGGGGCAGGCAGACAGUAGUAACCUAGCUUUUGUAACAGUGAAUUUCCUUCCCCCAGUGACUUGCCUUGUCUUCCGCCAGCAUUUCCUGAGCACUUGCCCUGGUUCCAGGCCUGUGCUGGGGUGGGAGGGGACCCCAGCCAUUUGUUAGGGUGGAUAAACAGGGCCCCCCUGUGCUGGGUGAAGGGAGCACGACGUGGGAAGGCCUGGCUCCAGCCAGCCAGCCAGCCAGCCAGCCAGCCUCCGAGGGUGAAAAUCCUAUGACACUGGGGCAAGUCACUCACCCCACUGAGCCUCCAUCUGGAGAACGUGGACUAUGGAAGGCGGCCCCAGCUCCCACUAUCUUGGCGGGGAUGGGGUAGGGAGGCAUGAGAUAAGUUUCGGCCAAUGCCUAGCACGUAGUGGGCAGUCCUCAGACUGUAGUGUCCCCCUGCCCUGUUUGCCAUUGCUCUGCUAAGGGGCAGCCAGUGUUUUUCCAUGACCCUCCCCUGCCAUUAUGGGUUAUGGGAAGAGCUGUGAGUCAUCACGUUGCCAGACCCAAACCUGCAGCCAUUGUUCCGAGUGAAACCAGCUAUUGCUGCUGCUGCGGGCCCAGGUGUAGGGGAGGGCACACGCCAGCAGGACGGGCACCUGCACCAUUGGCAAGGCCCAUGAUGCUGGUUCCUUGUCUGGAAAAAUCGGUUCCUUUGGAAAGGAUGGGGGAAGCGUUUUAAAAUUUCAACUCUUCCUGUCCGCAUGCACUUCCCAGCCAGGGAGAUGCCGGACCUCAGGCAGGCCCUCUGUCUCCCUCCCUCCCGUCAGGUUUGGGGACUGAGAGCUGGAGGUUUGGGGUUCUGGGUUGGAGCCCUGGCUGUGAAUUCCAGCCCUCUGAGCCGCUUUCCUAAUAUGUAACUGGGAGGUGGGGCAGUGUGCCCCCCACCCCAACCCCCGGGCUCUCUGAGGGUUAAAGGAGAACCCAGAAAGAGCCCAAGGCUGGUCUCAUCCCACAGCCCGCUCUGCCCCGCGCACUGGCUCUGCAGCUCCCUGCCCGGAGCCCUUCCACCCGCACCCCGAGUUCUCCCUCUUCCCCUGGCGCUCACCUCUGAAGUUUCCAAAAUCUUCCCGCCCUCCAGGUUCAGCCCCAUUUACCUGGUCCUCUCUUCGCCCCCCAGGGCAAGAUCAUGAGUGACUCAUCCUCAAGGCCCCAGCACAGGAGCUGCUUGUGCCUGGCUGGCCAGCUGCGUUGGGAUGAGUUUUCCUUCUGUUUUUAGUAGAGAUGUUUUCGACGCGGGGGAGAUGUUCGGGAUAAUGCAGGUGGAAGAAGCCGAGGAGGAGGGCGAGGAGGAGGCAGCGCGAGAAGCACGGGAGAAGCCGCCCAACCCGGGCGUCGAGCUCUGCUACAAGGUCAUCGUGACCAACGAGGACGGGCUCCAGGCGGCCGACCCCAACAGCAUCUUCCUCAUUGACCAUGCCUGGACGUGCCGCGUGGAGCACGCCCGCCAGCAGCUGCAGCAGGUGCCUGGGCUGCUACACCGCAUGGCCAACCUGAUGGGCGUCGAGUUCCACGGCGAGCUGCCCAGCCCUGAGGCCGUGGACCAGGUGCUGGAGGAGAUGUGGAAGUUCAACCAGACCUACCAGCUGUCCCACGGGACGGCCGAGGAGAAGGUGCCGGUGUGGUACAUCAUGGACGAGUUCGGCUCCCGCAUCCAGCACUCCGACGAACCCAGCUUUGCCACCGCACCCUUCUUCUACAUGCCCCAGCAGGUGGCCUACACGCUGCUGUGGCCCCUGAGGGACCUGGACACAGGAGAGGAGGUGACCCGGGACUUUGCCUAUGGAGAGGCCGACCCUCUGAUCCGGAAGUGCAUGCUGCUGCCCUGGGCCCCCGCCGACAUGCUGGACCUCAGCUCCUGCACGCCCGAGCCACCCGACCAGCACUACCAGGCCAUUUUGGAGGAAAACAAAGAGAAGCUGCCACUCGCCAUCGAUCCAGUGGCUCGUCCCCGCGACCACAUCUUCAAGGUCUACACGGACGUGCAGCAGGUGCUCGACCACCUCACCCACCCGCGCUUCACCCUCACCCAGAGCGAGGCGGACGCCGACAUCCUCUACAACUUCUCGCACUUCAAGGACUACAGGAGGCUCAGCCAGCAGAGGCUAGCCCCUCAGGCCUGCCCUGUCAGUUCCUGGGGCCAGCAUCAGAAGGCUACGGUGACCAGGGCUUUGGCUUCCAUCGCACGCCGGGCAGGGGGCCCCGAGGGCCCGGCCUGGCUGCCCCGCACCUUCAAUCUGCACACGGAGCUGCCCCAGUUUGUCAGCUACUUCCAGCAGCGGGAGAGGCGGGGCGAGGACAACCACUGGAUCUGCAAGCCCUGGAACCUGGCCCGCAGCCUGGACACGCACAUCACCAAGAGCCUGCACAGCGUCAUCCGGCACCGCGAGAGCACCCCCAAGGUCGUGUCCAAGUACGUUGAGAGUCCCGUCUUGUUCCUUCGAGAAGACGUGGGGAGGGUCAAGUUCGACAUCCGCUACAUCGUGCUGCUGCGGUCGGUGAAGCCCCUGAGGUUGUUCGUGUACGACGUGUUCUGGCUGCGAUUCUCCAACCGGCCCUUCUCACUCAACGACCUUGACGACUAUGAGAAACAUUUCACCGUCAUGAACUACGAUCCAGAAGUGGUGCUGAAGCAGGUGCACUAUGAUGAGUUCAUCCCUGAGUUUGAGAAGCAAUACCCAGAAUUCCCCUGGAAAAGCGUGCAGGCUGAAAUCUUCCAGGCCUUCACGGAGCUGUUCCAAGUGGCAUGUGCCAAGCCACCGCCACUGGGCCUCUGCCACUAUCCCUCAUCCCGGGCCGUGUAUGCCAUCGACCUCAUGCUGAAGUGGGACAGCCGUCCAGAUGGGAAGCGAGCGAUGCAGCCACAGAUCCUGGAGGUGAACUUCAAUCCGGACUGUGAGCGAGCCUGCAGGUACCACCCGACCUUCUUCAACGACAUCUUCAGCACCUUGUACCUGGACGAGCCCAGCGACUGCCACGUCACACGCCUCAUCUAGGCAUUCACUGGCCCUCUGCUUGUGCUUGCGGCAGAGUCCAGCCUCAGGUCUCUGAGCUGCUUCUGCCAAGUUCCCCUCCUUCCGCCAUAGGUCAGGAGCAGGGUCACUCCUGGUGUCCCCAGGGCUGAGUGCCAGGCACCUCUGGUGCAGUGAUGAGUCUCAGCUCAGCCCAGGGCUUUAUUGCUGAGACUCUGAGUUCUGGGGAGCGCAACGAGGCGUCCUCAAAAACGGGGGUCCCCAGGGAGCCCACACGCUAACAGGGCCAGGCCGCUCUUCUCCAGAGAGUCUGCUCACGCACUGCGGCCCCUCGGAGCAGUCAGGGUCCCACGCCCCUCGCGGGACCCGUGCGACGGUCGUCCCCAGAACACCUUGGGGACGCUCCUUGCCAGGCCCCGUCUUCUCGCCCUGCCCCCCCAGCUCCGCCAGAACCCCCACCAGCAAACCCCCACCGCCCCUUGCUGCUGUUGCCUUUCCGUUUAUCGGGGACCCACUCGUCCGAGGUUGGGUGAUGCUUCAGCGAGGGGACUUGGACCAGCGCGGCAGCAGAGCACCAGGACGCCUUCGAAAGACAGUUCCAGCGAGGACUUCACGUCGGUCAGAGGCCACCUUCCGCCAGAGUCGAGUCUCAUUGUCGAAGUUUUGUUACUCUUUCAUGAUGGGAGGAAAAUAUAAAAUUCUCUUUCUUAACGUCGUUUCUGAAAUUCGGAGUCGGAUGCCAGCAUGUUGUGUAGCCGCCGUGCUUCCGGGCCCAGGUCACGGGACGGGGCGGGUGACUCCUGGAGCUCUGCUGUGAGAGUGUUGAGGGCGGGCGUGCUUGUCGAAGUCAGAAGCCGAGAGCACUCCGUGCAGCGGCCGGGACCUGGUCAGCAGGGACCUGGUUGUGCCUCCCUCUCCGCCUGUGCGGGUGUGUCUGUCCAUCCCCUGGUGACCAGAAUGACAGCCCUUCCGUCCGGCAGUGGGCGGGACACCUCAUCUCUGGUUUCCUCCCUGGGGGAGCUGUUGGCCUCCUGUCCCCUACUUCACUGGAUUUGUCCCACAAUAAAGUCAGCCUUCUGUACCUCGGCCUCCCUCUCUCUGGGGAGGCCUGGGACCACAGGC